CUGUUAUUUUUCGAAUAUAUAAGGAGGUGCUGGUGGCAGCUGCAACCUAGACGCUCCCGAGCAGCUGCCCUGCCCCGGGUCCCUUCCCCCUUCCCUCCUCUCCUCUCCUCCCCGCGUCCCUCUCCGGUCGGGCUCCCGGCCCGCGGCUCUUCCCCCCUUCCUCCCUCCCUCCCCCUCGCCCCAGCUCUCCCUCCCCGCGCCCCGCAUCUGUCGGCCGCCGGGGCGCUCCGCUCCGCUGCAGCCUCUGCCCCGCGCCCCGCCUCGAUGGAGGUUCCUCAGCCGGCGUCCGGCUCCGCUCUCCGUGGGGCCCACUGCCCGCGCCAUCUCCCGGGCCUCGGCUUGGAGUCUGAUGGCCUUCUCGGGUCCCCGGUCAGCACCCUCACCCAGACCAUGCAUAACCUCGCUGGGCUCGGCAGGGAGACCCCAAAGAGUCUGGUAGGGAGCCUGCCUUACCGGAACCGGUUGGGACGCCUAUCUCUGUCCAGGCGCUCAUCUGAAUCCUCCCUUUCAUCUGAGUCCUCGGAAUCUUCUGAUGUAGGUCUCUGCAUGGACACCCCCAGCCCUAUGGAUCCACAGAUGGCCGAGCACAUGUUUGAACAGGCUAUUGAGGCAGCCAGCCAGGUCAUUCAAAAUGAGCAGUUUCCAAUAAGACGCUUCCAGUCCUUGCCAGUAAGACUGCUGGGCCACAGCCCUGUGCUACAGAACAUCACCAACUCGCAAGCACUAAACAGCUGGAGGAAGAAUGAGGUGCACAGCAGAAUUGUCAGCAGUCCUGGGGAAGACAAAGAGAAUGACAGAUUUGUUUUCAAAAUGCCAUGGAAGCCUACUCGCUCCAGCCCUGGCCAAGCUCUGUCAGAGUGGGCCAGCCGCAGGGAGGCUUUUACCCAGAGGCCAAACUCAGCCCCUGACUUGAUGUGUGUUUCUGCUGAGCAGAAGAUGGAAGUAGAGGUGGUGAGCCCUGCAUCCCAGUCCUGCUUUUCCCUGACCCCUGCUGGGGGGGCUGCUGAGGAAGAUGAUGGAUUUGUUGACAUCCUGGAAAGUGAUUUAAAGGAGGAUGAUGUGGUCCCCCCGAGCAUGGAAAGCCUCAUUAGUGCUCCACUGGUCAAGACUCUGGAUAAGGAAGAAGAACAGGAUCUCAUCAUGUUCAGCAAGUGCCAGCGGCUCUUCCGCUCUCCAUCAAUGCCCUGCAGCGUGAUCCGGCCAAUCCUCAAGAGGCUAGAGAGGCCCCAGGACAGAGACAUGCCUGUCCAGAGCAAGCGAAGGAGGAGUGUGACCCCCCUGGAAGAGCAACAGCAGCCAGAGGAGCCUAAAGCCCGUAUUCUCCGCUCAAAGUCCCUGUGUCAUGAAGAGAUUGAGAGCAUCCUGGAUAGUGACCACCGUGGACUGAUUGGGGAUUACUCCAAGGCUUUCCUCCUGCAGACUGUGGAUGGCAAACACCAAGACCUUAAGUACAUCUCACCAGAAACCAUGGUGGCCCUGUUGAUGGGCAAGUUUAGCAACAUCGUGGAGAAGUUUGUGAUUGUGGACUGCAGAUACCCCUAUGAGUAUGAAGGUGGACACAUCAAGACUGCUGUGAACUUGCCCCUGGAACGGGAUGCUGAGACCUUCCUGCUGCAGACGCCUAUCACAACCUGUAGCCUAGACAAGAGAAUCAUCCUCAUUUUCCACUGUGAAUUCUCAUCAGAGCGUGGACCCCGCAUGUGCCGGUUCAUCAGGGAACGAGACCGUGCAGCUAACGACUAUCCUAGCCUGUACUACCCUGAGAUGUAUAUCCUCAAAGGCGGCUACAAGGAGUUCUUCCCACAGCACCCGAGCUUCUGUGAGCCCCAGGACUACCGACCCAUGAACCAUGAGGCCUUCAAGGAUGAGCUGAGAACUUUCCGCCUCAAGACACGUAGCUGGGCUGGAGAGCGGAGUCGGAGGGAACUCUGUAGCCGCCUGCAGGACCAGUGAGAGCCAGCCUCGAUCCUGCCACUGUUUCUCCUCAUGGGACCUGAAGUCCCAAGGGUCUGUGGUGCCAAGGGCCUGCUAGAGACUCCAGGUGCUAUCAGGGGCGAAAAACGGUGUGGGUGUCACAUCUAUGUGCUCCUUUCCCCAAUUCUUUUGUCUCACUCCACUUAUUUUCCAUAUUCUGGUACCACUCCCAGUCUUGAAGACCCCAACCUGGUGGGUGAAUAGUAGCCCAGAAGAAAUGUUUUGUGUUCAGUGGGAGCCUUUUUGCUGUCCUUCCUUAUUGGUGUUAACUCUGUCUUUCUGUGUUCAGAAAAGUGCCUUUGUACAUGUCAGCUGAGGCUGGGGUCCACUCUGAGCAUGAACACAGGCGGCCCCUCCCUCUGCACUCUGCGGGAACGCCAGGCUGUGCCUGCUCUUCUCUCUUGUUUUCCACAUACUCACCUCAACGACAUAAACUCUGAAACUCUCCUGUUUUCUUACUUGCAGAUUUGAUAUUUGUUUGUCUGACUUACACUGUCUCAAGACACAUUCACACCUGAGUAGGCUCCCCUACACAGCUGGGGUUAAAGAUUCAAAAGACCCUGGCUUUUGUUACUCCAGGAAAGGAUAUUCUCCUUGCCCACUCCCCACCUCCAGGUCAAGAGCAAAAGUCUGAACUAGGAGCCCCUGCUGUGAACCCGAGCCUAACUGGUCAAAAGUUGCUGCUGCCCUGUUGUACGUGGGUGGGUAGAAGGAUAUGCAAAGACUGAGUUAAAUAAAGCAUUUUCAUGAGCAUGGUGGCCCACAGCAGGACAAAAAUCUUUACUCCUAAUGUUUGGAAAUGUUCAAGAAGCAAUGUCAUGGAAGCAGCUAAACCAAGCAACCUCUGGAUUCAGAAUCUCUACUUGUAGGAAGGGCUGUUGGAAGGCCCCAAAGAGUCAUCCAUUAGGACCUUCGUUUAAUAAAGCACUUAGCAAAUUAAA